AUGCUGCCUUAUAUACAAUUCUUCCAGCACCAGCAGCAGCAGCAGCAGCAGCAGCAGCAGCAGCAGCAGCAGCAAGAGAAGCAGCAGCAAGAGUGGCUGCAGCAGCUGCAGCAGAUGCAACCAACAGAGAUGAUGCAACAGCAAAACCAGCUGCAGCAAGAACUGCAGCAGCAGCUGCAGCAGCUGCAGCAACAACCCCUCAACCAGCAGCAGCAGCUGCAACAGCAGCAGCAGCAACAGCAGCAGCAGCAGCAGCAGCAGCAGGAUUAUCUAGAUGAAGAGACAGUUAAGGAUUUGUUGCUGCCGCACGAAGGACCCCACAAAGACACCUGGGGUGUAUCGGGAGGAGACAGCUGA